AUGUGGGACAACACCUACGGACAUCGCCCUGGCUUCCAGCUCUGGGAUGAUUCCCCUGCCGUGAGAAAUUUGUUUUCCGCUACAGAAGGUGGCAGAACCAAAGUUCCUGUCCUUCGAUCGUAUCGCGAAUGGGAUUGCACUGCUUUGUUUCAGGCCACUAUCUAUUCGCGAGCGUUCGCCGUACAUCACGGAACGCUAAAUGACGUGUAUGUUAAGCCCCGUGGACUAUCACAUGGUCAUUUUCAUCCGUCCGUAGUAAGCACGACAGGAAACAAUGCGGAAACCUGUGCUCUAGCGAUUGAUCAGUUACGCCUUCUGAGAAAUUCCGUUUGCCACUCAGCAAGUUCUGAGAUGACAAAAGUAACUUUUGACCAGUACGUGAAACACGCCAAAGACGCAUUCCAAGCGCUGGGUGUCUCGACGGCUCCAAUUGAUGCUGUUGGUAGUUUAUUAGAGUCAGACUUUCCCACAAGUAAAGUCCGCAGCCUUGAGCAGGCUAUCAAUGAAGAGUAUAAAUCGUACAUAAAAUUUCUUGAGGGUGUGAAUUCAGACAUUGCAGAGUUGAAGAAGAAACUGGAAAGCGAUAUCGCUAGCAAAGAAGACGUCGCCAUGUUAGCACGAAAAAUAGAUGAACUCAAAGUUAUGCAAGACGUCAGUGAUAACAAAGAAGACAUUAGUACGUCGGCGCGGAAAGAAGGUGAGUUAAAAAGCUACUGUAGAAAAAAGGUGCAACUUCAUUAACAAAGCUUAUCAAGCUAAUCUGCCCAGUUGAUAAUAUAACUGGAAUCCUGAGCAAAGUAUUUUCACCACCUCCAAACCCUAAAUAUGAUUGUAUUGGACUUGGAAGAAAUCCACCUCUUAUCGGCUCUUGCCAAGACAGGACAGUAAUUUACAGGCUUUCCCUGGAUAUAAAGUGCAGGGAGGGGCUUAAUGGAGGUCGGAGUAAUAGAUCGCGAGUCAUUCGUUUGAGAUUCCCCCCGGGGAUUCUCAGCGGUAAAUAUAUAAAAAAAAUAAUGAUUUGGAAGUUGCACAUCCACAAAGUGGUUCUUCGUCUACCUGAUUCCUGGUCGAAUUGGAACUUAGAAAUGUUGGUUUUUCAGGAGAGGAGAAAACCAGGGUAACCGGAAAAAAACCUCUCGGAACUAAGAAAAGAACCGACAACAAUAACAACCCACAUAUGGCGUCGACGCCGGGAUUUGAACCCGGGGCACAUUGGUGGGAGGCGAGCGCUCUCACCACUGCGCCAUCCCUUGCUUUCCAGUAGCUUUUGUCCACUGCUGAUAAUUACUUUGCACACCGAGUUAGGGGCUAUAUCUGCGCUUUACAUAGUCAAUUUGGAUUCGCCAUAAUUUCGUCCUCAGUAAGAAUAAUACUUCCUGUUAUGCCUCCCUGACAUUGUCGAUACACUGGCAGUUCCAUAAAAGUUGAAAAAUCUCAAAACAGAAGUGAAGCGCGGUAUUCGAUCCCAAACUCAGUACCAGGAAGUCCCGUCACUCCAGGGGACGGUUUCUCGAAAGUAAUUUGCCGUUCGCCACUUCUCCAUGAUCAUCACAUUGCUACUCACAUCAAAUGACAAAACUAAAAAACAUGUUCUAAUUACCCACAUCAAAUAUCCGAUAUUCAGUUGCUUUUUUCUCUUUUAAGAUAUCCCAAUAUCCCUACCGGCAUCAAAUUUAAAGGCUAGCAAGCGUCUUGAAGAGAAUCAAUCUUGUGAAGCUGAAAACCAUUAUAAACUCGGAAUCAAGAAACGUAUGAAUCACGAUUUCCAAUCAGCUCAUCAAGAUCAUCAGUGUGCGCUUGACACACGUGCUAAACUGCCUGGAGAAGAACACCAAAGUAAUGCUGAGUGUUAUCGCUCGCUGGGGGUAACACAGAAUAAAGUAGGUGAUUUCAAAGCAGCUCUGCAGUCAAAAAAGCGUGCCCUGGACAUACGUAUUAAACUGUUUGGAGAAGAACACCAAAGUACUGCUGAGUAUUACCACUCGCUGGGGGUAACACAGCAUGAAGUAGGUGAUUUCAAAGCAGCUGUGCAGUCAAAACAGCGUGCGCUGGACAUACGUAUUAAACUGUUUGAAGAAGAAAACCAAAGUACUGCUGAGUAUUACCACUCGCUGGGGGUAACACAGCAUGAACUAUGUGAUUUCAAAGCAGCCCUGCAGUCAAAACAGCGUGCCCUGGACAUACGUAUUCAACUGUUUGGAGAAGAACACCAAAGUACUGCUGAGUAUUACCGCUCGCUGGGGGUAACACAGAAUAAAGUAGGUGAUUUGAAAGCAGCUCUGCAGUCAAAACAGCGUGCCCUGGACAUACGUAUUAAACUGUUUGGAGAAGAACACCAAAGUACUGCUGAGUAUUACCGCUCGCUGGGGGUAACACAGAAUAAAGUAGGUGAUUUGAAAGCAGCUGUGCAGUCAAAACAGCGUGCCCUGGACAUACGUAUUAAACUGUUUGGAGAAGAACACCAAAGUACUGCUGAGUAUUACCACUCGCUGGGGGUAACACAGCAUGAACUAGGUGAUUUCAAAGCAGCUGUGCAGUCAAAACAGCGUGCCCUGGACAUACGUAUUCAACUGUUUGGAGAAGAACACCAAAGUACUGCUGAGUAUUACCACUCGCUGGGGGUAACACAGCAUGAACUAGGUGAUUUCAAAGCAGCUGUGCAGUCAAAACAGCGUGCCCUGGACAUACGUAUUCAACUGUUUGGAGAAGAACACCAAAGUACUGCUGAGUAUUACCACUCGCUGGGGGUAACACAGCAUGAACUAGGUGAUUUCAAAGCAGCUGUGCAGUCAAAACAGCGUGCCCUGGACAUACGUAUUAAACUGUUUGGAGAAGAACACCAAAGUACUGCUGAGUAUUACCACUCGCUGGGGGUAACACAGCAUGAACUAGGUGAUUUCAAAGCAGCUGUGCAGUCAAAACAGCGUGCGGUGGACAUACGUAUUAAACUGUUUGGAGAAGAAAACCAAAGUACUGCUGAGUAUUACCACUCGCUGGGGGUAACACAGCAUAAACUAGGUGAUUUCAAAGCAGCUCUGCAGUCAAAACAGCGUGCCCUGGACAUAUGUAUUCAACUGUUUGGAGAAGAACACCAAAGUACUGCUGAGUAUUACCACUCGCUGGGGGUAACACAGCAUGAACUAGGUGAUUUCAAAGCAGCUGUGCAGUCAAAACAGCGUGCGGUGGACAUACGUAUUAAACUGUUUGGAGAAGAAAACCAAAGUACUGCUGAGUAUUACCACUCGCUGGGGGUAACACAGCAUAAACUAGGUGAUUUCAAAGCAGCUCUGCAGUCAAAACAACGUGCGCUGGACAUAUGUAUUCAACUGUUUGGAGAAGAACACCAAAGUGCUGCUGAGUAUUACCACUCGCUGGGGGUAACACAGCAUGAACUAGGUGAUUUCAAAGCAGCUCUGCAGUCAAAACAGCGUGCCCUGGACAUACGUAUUAAACUGUUUGGAGAAGAACACCAAAGUGCUGCUGAGUAUUACCGCUCGCUGGGGGUAACACAGAAUAAAGUAGGUGAUUUGAAAGCAGCUCUGCAGUCAAAACAGCGUGCCCUGGACAUACGUAUUAAACUGUUUGGAGAAGAACACCAAAGUACUGCUGAGUAUUACCACUCGCUGGGGGUAACACAGCAUGAAGUAGGUGAUUUCAAAGCAGCUCUCCAGUCAAAACAGCGUGCGAGGGACAUACGUAAGUACUGCUGA